CCCACAAAGAUAGUAAAACAAAGGUGUAUGUGUGUGAAACUCACGCCCCUCAAAGCACCAGCCCACGAUAACGAUUGGUUUGGGGGGAAGAAACGGGGGAAACGUUUGAAUAAAACCCCUCUGGUGCCUGCCUGAUAGUAUGAACGUCACUUCGACCAGGGCAGCAGUAGCAAGUGAUGCCAUCUGUCUUAUCAGCGCUGGGAAAACCGUUGAAAACCGUUUGAUAUCUCAAGAAAUAGAAGGGGGAUGCAAACACUUUUUGGUGAAUCACUAAAAUGAGCCUGAUUUGUAUUUUUAUCCGCAUUUUUACAUGAUACCAGUGACUUCAAAGUUGUUUUCUUUUCCUUUUUAAUAUAGCCUAUAUUUUUUAUUUGAAUUACAGUUUUUUUUUACCCUAAUGGAUGUGAUUGAAGGCGAAUGGCGCACCACACUGAAACCUGAUUUAAAUGUUUUCCGCGUUCUAGCUUGGAGUCAUUUUGGAGUCGUCUGACAGCCCACACCAAGCUCUGGAACCGCUGGAACACCUGAUUCUUCUGUCGAUAACACACUGAUGCCAAGUGGAACUCUUUCUCUCUCUGUUUACAUUUGACUCUCUUUGGCAAUUCAUCCACUGCAACUUUUUCAUUUAGCUCACCAGACCAGACGCACUCUUGUUUAGUUUUUACCCCAAGGAACUAUUAAGUUGUUUUUCCCCCUCCCUCUUAAGGUUUUUGAAAUGACGAGCCAAAGUACUGAGAGAAGUAGGCCUAUAGGGACUCUUGCGUUGCUGCGUUCCGCUUUGUUGUUGGGUCUUCUUCACAUUGGUGCACCAGAGGCGAGGAAGCUACGGGGCAGCCGCGCGCAACACCGGAGAGCCUCAGCCAUGCCGUCCCCAACGUUAACAUACAGGGACCGGGUAGUAGAGGGGACCGGAGCCAGUGAGAGCUUCCCGUUAGACUUCACCGCCGUCGAGGGGAACAUGGACAACUUUAUGACCCAAAUUAAAAACCUGGCGCAGUCGCUGUACCCGUGCUCGGCGCAGAAGCUGGACCAGGACAUGAGGCUGCACUUCUUGGACAAUUCCUCUGCGACGUGUAACGAUGGAUCCCCAGCUGGGUACUACAUCAGGGACUCUAAAGGUAGCAGGAGGUGGCUGAUAUUCCUGGAGGGUGGAUGGUACUGUUUCAACAGACAGACUUGUGACACCAGGUACCAGACAAUGAGGAGACUCAUGAGCUCCCUCAAGUGGCCACGCACCAGAACAGGUACAGGUAUUCUGUCUCCUCAACCAGAGGAGAACCCCUAUUGGUGGAAUGCCAACAUGGUGUUCAUCCCAUACUGCUCUAGUGAUGCCUGGAGUGGAGCCUCAGCAAAGACUGACCAAAGUGACUAUGCGUUCAUGGGCUCAGUGAUCAUUAAGGAGGUGGUUAAUGAGCUGCUUACUAAAGGACUGGACAGCGCUAAGGUCCUGCUACUGGCUGGGAGCAGUGCGGGGGGUACAGGUGUACUCCUGAACGUGGACCGUGUGGCGGAGCACCUGGAGUCCCGGGGACACAGGGAGAUUCAGGUCCGGGGUCUGGCUGACUCUGGCUGGUUCCUGGAUAACAAGCAGUACAGAUCUACAGACUGUCACAGCACCAUCAGCUGUGACCCUACUGAGGCUAUCAGGAGAGGAAUCAGGUACUGGGGUAGUGUGGUGCCAGAGAGCUGCAGACAGACUCACAUAGGAGAGGAGUGGAACUGCUUCUUUGGAUAUAAAGUCUACCCCACACUCAAGAGUCCAGUGUUUGUGGUCCAGUGGUUAUUUGAUGAGGCCCAGUUAACAGUAGAUAACAUCCACCUGACUGGUCAUCCGGUCCACGAGGGACAAUGGAGAUAUAUACAGAAUCUGGGCAACGAGCUGAGGAACACACUCAAAGACGUCCCAGCCCUGUUUGCUCCAGCCUGCCUAUCCCAUGAGGUCAUCACCAGGAAUUACUGGAUAGACAUCCAAGUCAAAGGAACCUCCCUCCCCAGAGCCCUACACUGCUGGGACCGUGGUCUCCACGACAACAACCUCCAGCAAAGAUCCUCCAACAACACCCAUAGCAACGAUCCUAACCCCACCACCAACAAGGCUCUGCCCCCAGCUUCGCCUCCAAGGGGCUGUCCUCUGCGUCUGAUUGACAGCUGCCCCUGGCCUCACUGUAAUCCCACCUGUCCCACUAUACGGGAUCAGAUCACCGGACAGGAAAUGAGCGUGAUCCAGUUCCUGAAACACAUGGGGUUUGAUGUUGCCAAGAUGGCCCAGCAACAGGGCAUGGACGCAGGGAAACUGCUGGGGAUGCUGAAUAACGGGAACUGAGCAGGGAGAGACUCACGCAGGGAGCUGAAAUGAAACGCACACACACACUCUGACACAGCAGGGCAUGGACCAAAGAACGCUUUGGUGGAGAUGAACGGAACUCAAUGCAACAACAGAAUAGAAACAGAACUGAACUCUAAGCAACAGGACUGAACAAAACUGAGCGAACCCCAAAAGCAACAGAACUGAACAGAAAAAGUUACUGUGCUAAACUGAACUGGACUCAAUGGAUCUGAAUUCAGAACUUUGACUUGGUGCAACUCAAAACACCUCAACUCUGAACGCAGCUUGAAUAGUGUCUGCAACGGGACAGAACUCGACUCGACUGAAUAAUAACUCAUUUUUAGUUAUUAGAACACAACAACGGAACUGCUAAGUUUGAGUUCAAACAACUGAACAAUGCUUUACUCAACAAGGCAGAACUCAACUCAGCCAAACCUGAACAGAACUCAACUCAGCCAAACCUGAACAGAACUCAACUCAGCCAAACCUGAACAGAACUCAGCUCAGCCAAACCUGAACAGAACUCAGCUCAGCCAAACCUGAACAGAACUCAACUCAGCCAAACCUGAACAGAACUCAACUCAGCCAAACCUGAACAGAACUCAACUCAGCCAAACCUGAACAGAACUCAACUCAGCCAAACCUGAACAGAACUCAACUCAGCCAAACCUGAACAGAACUCAACUCAGCCAAACCUGAACAGAACUCAACUCAGCCAAACCUGAACAGAACUCAACUCAGCCAAACCUGAACAGAACUCAACUCAGCCAAACCUGAACAGAACUCAACUCAGCCAAACCUGAACAGAACUAAACUAAAAUAAUUAUUCAGGCGUGAAAAGACAUACAUAAAUGGAACGUCAUCCGUUUUAAGGAUACUGUCCCAAAUAGUAUCAGAUUCCCCCAUAGGGCUCUGGUCAAAACUAGUGCAAUAUGCAAUAUUUUGGGAAUAGAUCGUCAUUUGGGACGCAAUCUGUUAGUUUUAAAGUAAAUAAGACAGCGGACUUGUGUAUUUUGAAAAUAUAUAUACGCAUAAUAGAUGUAGAAGUUGUGAAUGUAAAUGAAGUGGAAUCCUCAGACUGUAAUGACUUGAUAGACUUCCAUUAUCAUUUUGAUCAAUGCUACAGAAGAUACAGAAUCAAGCUUCUGAUAUGGAAGGCAGUGGAUUAUAGCGAGCCCCUCAUAGGCUACGUUUACACAGGCAGCCUAAUUCUGAUCUAUUUACACUAAUUGGUCUUCUAACCAAUCAGAUCAGGGUCUUUUACCAAUAAUUGGGCCAGAAUUGGGCUGCCUGUGUAAACACAGCCAUAGUAACAGGGUUCACUAGAACUGAUUGAUUGAUCAGAGUUGUCUCAAACGACCACACAGCCUACUGCCACAUCUGAACUCACCAGCAGAGGGGGAUGGAGACUGCCACACCCAAACAUAGGCUACUAGCAGAGUGAGAGAUGGAUGGCUGAUACAGUAUGUGGGGAAUGUCUAGAUGGAUGGCUGAUGCAGUAUGUGGGGAAUGUCUGGAUGGAUGGCUGAUGCAGUAUGUGGGGAAUGUCUGGAUGGAUGGCUGAUACAGUAUGUGGGGAAUGUCUGGAUGGAUGGCUGAUACAGUAUGUGGGGAAUGUCUGGAUGGAUGGCUGAUACAGUAUGUGGGGAAUGUCUGGAUGGAUGGCUGAUACAGUA